AUGGCAGGCGAAAAUGACGGUCCAAAGGCGAGGUUGCGCCUGAAGCAGAUUGCAUCUCAAAUACAAAGCCACAACAACAACACCGACGGCAACUUAUCAACAGCCCCGCCAGAGAGACAGGCUGCGAAACGGACCAGGAGGAAGGACAAGAAUGCACCCCCUGCCGACUGGUCUGAUAUACUGGGACAAGUCGAGGCCGUGAAGAAGAUCGCGGAAACCCCACCGACAGAGCGUCCGGGUUAUGUGCGCCAGAAACAAGCAGGCAAGCUAUGGGUCCGAGAACGCAUCGACGCCUUCCUCGACCCGGGCAGCUUCUACGAGGUCGGGUCCGUGGCGGGGACCAUCGACUGGAGGACGACGACUGCUGGCGAGGAGGCCAAGGCCAAGGACGAGGUCCGAGGGUUCACGCCGAGUAACAACGUCCAAGGCUUCGGCACCGUGGGCGGGCGCCGCGUCCUGUUCACCGCAGACGACUUCUCGCUGCGGGCUGGCCACGCCGACGGGGCGAUCUGGGCCAAGACGGUGUACAUGGAGAGGCUGUGCCUCGACCUGCGGCUGCCCAUCGUCAAGCUCGUCGACGGCAGCUCCGGCGGGGGCUCGGUGACGACCAUAAUGAAGGACGGGUUCAGCUACGUGCCUCCCACGCCUGGUUUCAGGGAGGUCGCCGAGCAGCUCAGCCUUGGUAUCCCCAACGUCGGUGCCGUGCUGGGCCCGGCAAUUGGGCUUGGUGCUGCUCGGGUAACUGCGUGCCAUUUCUCCGUCAUGGCCAGUGAUGUCGGCUCCCUGUUCAAUGCCGGGCCACAUGUGGUCGCAAAAGCCACGUUCGAGGAGGGAUUGACCGUCAGUGAGCUGGGCGGGCCGGAAAUCCACUGCGCAAAUGGGACAAUCGACAACGCCGUCCCCGACGAGGCUGCUUGCUUCGCCCAGAUCACAAAGUUCAUUUCCUAUGUUCCUGAUUGUGGGCUGAAUAAUCUUCCUCCCGUAGCAGAGGCUGCAGACCCUUCCGACAGGGACGUGACAUCGCUGCGUACUAUCAUACCUCGACGCCGCCAACGGGCUUAUUCCAUGCUGCGGCUGAUACAGACGACGCUGGACCAAGACUCCUGGUUCGAAAUAGGGGCUGGCUGGGGGAACACAGCAUUUGUGGGGCUCGGCCGCAUGGGUGGUCGGCCAGUCGGGGUCGUCGCGAACAAUCCCGAAGUACUCAGCGGUGCCACCGAUGCGCUGGGAGCACAGAAGAUGACAAGACACCUGAACCUGUGUGAUGUCUUCAAUCUUCCCCUGAUCCAGUUCGUCGACUGCCCCGGAUACGCCGUCGGCACUGCAGCGGAACGCCAAGCAACCAUGAAGUACGGGGUUGAGCUGGGCAAAGCCUACUACUCGACCACCAUGCCAAUCUUCAACGUGCUUGUCAGAAAGUGCUACGGAGUUGCUGGCGGGCUGAUGGUUGACUGCCGCGAUCCUCACAACCGCGUCGCUUGGCCGAGCCUCGAAUCGGGAAGCCUCCCGCUGGAAGGUGGCAUUGAGGCCAGCCAUUCCAGAGAGCUGAAGGACGCAGGAGAGAAACGAGCCGAGGUCUACGAGAAUCUGGUGAACGAAUAUACCAGGCUACAGAAUCCUGUACCACGUGAAACUGCCAGAAAGACUGCGUGA